AGUGAAAAACAAAGUCUAAAAUUUAACGGCGUCGUCACAGUCGACAUUGUAGGGUUUAGGCCGUAGACGGUGGUUUUAGCAUUGUAAUUGCGAUGAAGCCGGUGGUAGGGAGAGUAGUGUCGAACAAAAUGCAGAAAUCAGUAGUGGUGGCAGUCGAUCGGCUCUUCCACAACAAGCUUUACAAUCGAUAUGUUAAGCGCACCUCCAAAUUCAUGGCUCAUGACGAGAAGAACGAGUGCAAUAUCGGUGACCGCGUUAAGUUGGAUCAUUCAAGACCACUGAGCAAGCGUAAGCACUGGGUUGUUGCUGAAAUAUUGAAAAGAGCAAGAAUUUAUGUGCCUCCUUCAGCACGUUCUCCAACUGGAACAGACAACAAAACUGAAGUGUCUCCUAAUGCUAGUUAGAGCUGAAAAAGAAGUAUUAUCUCCAUCUUUGCAUUGCGUAUCCAGAACAAAUGCGUAAUUUCCGAGCUUUUUGAUGUUUUCGGUCCACUACUGUGAAACGAGUACAUCUCAACCGCUGUUUUGGGAUUGAAGACCCAGUUGGAAGCGGUGUUUGGGUCUGCAUUGGUGAAUAGACCCAAACAGCCAAAGUAGGAGUUAGAAAACUAUAAGACAGUAGGAGCUAUAAUAUUCAAGGCUGUUAAGCAACUAAAUGUUAUAGUCCUGCAAUUGCCAUAUUCUUUUCUUUCGUUGGAUCUUAACCUAAAAUGGGUACAAGUUAUGGUUUUCUGGUGGUACUGUCAUUACCGGCUAUGAAGGUUGUUUCAUCAUUUUGUUGUGAAUCUUGUCUAAAUUACGCGUCUUGGUAGCUCUUAAAUUUAGUAACAGAGUGUCUAUUUUUUUUC